AUGGCCGAAAAUUUGUUGUCACUCGUCAGCGAGCUCUCGCAACUCGCCAGCGGCUUCGUGCCUUCCACAGGCCAUGAUGCUGCGUCUCUCGCACCCAAAGCGGCUCUCGUCAACCUCUCCAAGAAGAUUAUGUAUUUACUGAUGGAUCCAGGCAUGAUGGUUCAGGCCCACUCACUGCAAAUGGCCGAGCUGGUCUCUGUCCGUACACUGUUGGACCUCAAGGUGUUUGAGAAAAUGCCAGCUGAAGAGGGAAAGACCAUCAGCGCAAAAGAGUUGAGUGAAGUGUCUGGCGUCCAAGAUGUCUUGCUUGAGAGACUGUUACGCCCUCUGGUCGCGUCGGGAUUCAUAACUCAGUCCCCUGAAGAUGGCUCCUAUGGAUGCACCAGGUUUUCACAGGCCUAUACUUCCUUUCCUGGAAUGUUCUUUACAUUAAUGUUCGACCACUUCCUUCAGCCCAUGACGGACCUCCCCAAAUACCUUGCAAAACAUGGGGCUGUAGAGCCAACAUCUUUCUACGUCAAUCCAUACUCUGACUACCACAACGCAAGCGACUCCGGGUUGACGACGUGGGAAAUCAUGUCCAAAGACCCAGAGAAACUGAAGACAUUCCAGCUUGGGCUGAAAAUGGGUGACAACCUGGUUCCCGUCAUAGGCUAUUAUGAUUUCAAUCAACUUGCAUUAAGUGAAGAGGAGUUGCAGACGAACCCCGAUCGAGCAGCUCUAGUGGAUAUUGGCGGCGGAGUAGGGAACACCGUAAAGAAAGUCUUGGAUGAGUACAAGAAGUUGAAUCCCAAAAACGUGGUCUUGCAAGAUCAGAAGGAGAUUAUAGCAAUGGCCGAGAAAGAGAAGAUUGCUCCGGAAGGGGUCAAGCUGAUGGAGCAUGAUUUCUGGACCGAACAGCCUGUUAAAGGCGCCAAAGCGUACUACUUCCGGCGCGUCUUCCACGACUACAGCGACGAACUCUGCGCCAAAGCGCUGAAUCAGAUCAUCCCCGCCAUGGCGCAGGACUCCCGCAUCCUGAUUGCUGACAUGCUGAUUCCAGAAAUCAUGACGGACAAAGAGGCACAUACCGCAGCUUUGGAUGUUGCGUGUAUGGUCAUGGGUGGGAAGGAAAGGACAGAAGCAGAUUUCCGAAAACUGUUCGACAGCGUGGGGCUUGAGGUGGUCAAGAUCCAUCGCACACCAGGGGUCGCGGCAGGCGUAGUGGAAGGAAAGCUGAAGCCUGUUGAUGGGGCGAAUGGGACGAACGGGACGUGA